UUGCCACCCAUCGAAAACACCAGAAAUAUACUCUUAUGGUAGUGAUUUACGGUUUAAUUGAUUUUGACACAGUAGUAUUUUUUGGGUGUAGCUGUUUGGCUAAAUGGACUAGGUAAAGGUAUUUUCAGGUAUGCAUAUAGCUGAAAAAUGACCCCCCCCAAAAAAAUAUUUACUGCCUAAAAUAUAUUUGUUAAAAAGUUUGGGCUUUGCAGCCAUCGGCCCUGCUGUAAAAUGUUUAUGGUUCAUCAAGCAAGUUUUUGUUUUGAAAAUUUCUACCACGGUCCAUAUCCUUUAACUCAAACUUGACAGUGCUGUCAGUGGAGAUCACUGGUAUGAGACUCCCGCCACUGUAGUGCGUUUCCUUCUCUUCAGAUAUGAUUUCAGGGUCUUUUUACGCGUCAUUAGCGGGGUUUUUGGGUGCCGCUGCCUCUUUAUCUGCCAAGCUGUCCCUCGGUGCAGACUACCUGAGAGACAUGUGUGAGUCAGGGCUCAGCGGCUGGGCUGAAACACACGGUGGAACUGCGGCCUGCGACUGGCUCCACUUCCCCCUGCGGCUGCUGUGUGGAGGCCUGCUGUUCACCUGUAAUGCUGUCAUGUGGACCUUCUUCUCCAAGGCUCUCCGACACUGCUCCUCUUCAGCCAGGGCCACAGUCACUACCACUGCAUCCAACUUCAUCUCCUCAGCUGUCCUGGGGAGGGUGAUUUUUGGAGAGAGCCAUGCAGCUCUGUGGUGGGUGGGCAUCUCUCUCACCCUGUGUGGGUUGCUGGUGCUUCAUGGAUCCACACUUCAGACACUCCCAGAGGAGGAGGGCGAAAAGGACAAGUGAUGCAGCACUAGUCCAGUGGUAUCUCUAUGACAUCCUCCUCGAUGAUCUCCCCCUGUGGGACGGUGACGUGCUCUGGGGGGCUCUUCUUGCAGCUCAGCCCUGCGAAGGGGCUGCACCAGGACAGAGAGAACGGGCCGCCGAACGCCAUCUGCACGGCCUCCCAACACGGCACCUUCCCCCACUUCCCCGUCUCUCCCUUCAGACGCUCGAUUCCCUGAAGGAGACACAACAAUGAGGUGAACGGAGCGGAGCCAGAAAGGACUGGAUGUCUGUCAUUUUCUACAUGCAUUAUCAAUCACAACUAUGACACAAAGUUGAUGACUAAAACUGCAACAACACACUUAUGAUUCAGCUCUUUGGGCCUGUUUCUCAGAUCCAAAUCAGACUAAAGAUGUUGAGACUAAAAGAGCCAUCAGAUUUCAAUUAAAGGACAGGCUGACGGCGGCGCUAUUGUAAAGUUCAGCUGCAGCUGAUACGAGGCUUCAGCAGAACGAGUUACACAAAUCUUCGUGCAGGCAGUCACGCGUAGGUUUAUUGCUGGUGUCUGUCCACGUCCCUUUUGAACAGUGUUUCUCGUAUCAACACCCGUUCCUGGCUGGGAUCAGUUUAGGUGUAAGUUCAUUUAGGUUCACGUUAGGUUACGGUUUGGCGUCACAGAGAUGACUGGAUGAGGUGAGCGCUCAGGCUGGGUUCAGGAUAAGGUAUGGGGAAGGACACUUCAAUACAACACCGGCAACAAACCUGUCAGUCUGCCACGGCUCAGCACUUUGUGUUUCACAAAGUACUAAAAAGACUAACUUUGGAAGAUACUACGGCUGUCACUUUUUGUGCGAAGGUCAAACAACCAUUCAAACUUGGGGAAAUAAUUAAAUAAUCGAUCUGGAAUUAUCUGUUUUGAGUUCAAAAUUCAGCGUAUAAGCACAACAGGCUGUGCCUGAUACUCCACCAGGGUCGGGGCGUUCGUAUAAAUGCAUUUUUACUCUGAUCUAUUGCAUGCCCUGAUGCCCUCAGAAAAUUAGCCAAUUGUUGUCUUCGCUAACACAAAAUGAAGGAAACUAGCCAGCCAUGCUGAAUGGAUUGUGACACCAAACCAUCUGAGAAGUAAUGUGUUGAAGCAUUUAGGAUUCAACAUCAUAAACGGAAUAUUAUAUAUAAAGAUAAGACUGCAGUGACAUUACCACGACAAAACUAAAGUCACCUGUUAGCCUGUUAGCUUGAGGCAGCAUGAAUUCUGCAACGUAUUUUACAAUUCCGCUACGUGGGUAGCAUCUAAAUGAAUUUGAACAAAUUAGUUGUCAUUUGUUCAAACUUGAUUUUUUGAAAGAGAGCCCGUCAUGGAAGAUUCCCACUUGAUUUCUCUCACUCUGAUGGCUGAAGCAACAUUGGAAUCCAUUUUUGCAGUGUGCUUACAAAAGGUGAUUAGAGCAACCAAUAACUCAGCAUGUGAGCAUUGUAUUAAAAUAGGUUUAUCCUUUAAAUGCUUUUGUAUCCGUUCUGAAUCAUUUGUUUUCUAAGAAACAUGCCCAAAAUGUAAUAAAACACUAUACAAAAUGACUCGCAUGCACUUUAAAAAUAAAGAAUAAACCCCUGUGGAAGACACAAACAGGUCAAAUGGUCAAAACAGCGCAUGCAUCUUUUAUCACAGAGCUCACUCAUUCAUUCAUAAUGUUUGGUUGAAUCUGAAACAGCAAAAAAAAAAAAAGAAAUGAAAUGAAGCGCACUUUGGCCUUCAGAUUGAACUCUGCAUGCUUGUGAUGUUAAGCUUGAUGGGACGGCUAACGUGUCCUCUGUUGCAAGCUUACCUCUCCUCAAGAUUAUAAGAGUUGUCUGCUUCAGAAAGCUUUUGGCAGAAUGAGUUAUCAACCAAAACAAAUGCAUGAGCGUGGAGAGAACAUUGCACAGGAAAGAGGCAGAAUACAGACAGUAAAGUGGGAACAGAAUGAAAGACAAGGACAGAGUGAAAAUUGAACAGUGCAGGGUGUGAGCGGACUGUAUGCAGGGAAAGUAGAAACCUUUUCUCUAUCAUUUGAACACAGAGGUAGAAACACACAUUUGGGCGUGUUGGCCCUGUACAAUCAAAGGGAAAUAAAUACAUUCAAAAAGGCAAGCAAACACAGUUUUUGCAUUGCAACUGAGAAGUAUUUAUUCUCUGCGCAUGUGCUGAAAUAUCUAAAGAAUAUUUAGAAAUAAUUCAAAUUUCUGUAAAAAACAAAUCAUCUCCACCGUCACUCUCACCAGCGAGACUUGACACCAUCAUACCAGCAGUGUUUCACAUACAUUACUAAACUAGCCUUCACCUGUACCAUGCAUUCAGAGAACAAAGGAUACAUACAAUAUCAUGUAAACAAAGAAUAGAAGAAUAAAAUGCACUCUUUAAAGCAGAGCAGGUCACACAGGAGGAAAUCUUAAAUAAAUACAAAGUGCGGAUUAGCCUUUUUAGUACUUGUGUAAAUGUGAAUGAUGAAAGUUAAUACUUUGUUAAAUGCUUUGAAGUAAUCUGAAAUAGUGCAGAAAUACAGUUCAGCUAAUAAUCCACUGCUGCAUAAUAAGAUGUAUGCAGAGUUGUACAUUUUUAUACGGUGCUUCCCUUUGACUUUCAAAGCCAAGCCAGUGUCCUUUUUUGAGGAAUUUAAUUUCAAAGCCUUCCCAAAUAAUCAUGUAACUGUGGGAUUCACUGAAUUUGUCACACGCUCACAACAUCAAAACACCACAUGGGCUUAGAGCAAGUGUUCAUGCGCACACACACAGGGAGCGUUGGUGUUACUGUGGGAGGCUAAAACCUUUCCUCAAAAAAAGGGAGAAUGAGCAUUUGUUACAGUAUGGUUGUUGACAGCAUGUUAACUCUACCGACAACAUUCGAACAACCACGUUUUGCUGCUGAAAGACAAGCUGAGGUUGACAUUUGUACUGACUUGAAAUCAUUUCAUUUCCUCAUUGAACAUUGCAAGAAUGACUCAGCAAAACUUGCCACGACCAAAGCAAGUUGGUAUUUUGAUUCUAGAUUGAUUCUGUUUGGUGAAGCAAACAGAAACUUCCUGCCUUAAAACAAAAAAAAAACCCAUCUGUGCCCUCCAGCAAAGGCUUUGUUCAUGUCAAGCAUGUAUCAGAGAGGAAUCAGGGAGAGUGUUCCACACUUCACAUGUAGGUAUUAAAUCACUUAAAACACA